AUGUCGCUGCAAACACAGCCAUGAAAACCAUGCAGCUACCGGGUGCCAUCCCUGCAGGGUCAAAGGUCCGAGGAGCUGCAGGUGUGAAUGAUGGAAAUGAAGUGACCAAGGCCCAGCAGGCAGCUCCUAGGGGAACAGCCCCAACCAUCUUCUCUAAGAUCCUGGAUGGAAGCCUUCCAGCUGACGUUCUGUAUGAGGACCAGCAGUGUCUCGUGUUCCGUGAUGUGGCUCCUCAGGCUCCUGUGCACUUCCUGGUCAUUCCCAAGAAGCCCAUUCCUCGGAUUAGCCAGGCUGAAGAAGAAGACCAGCAGCUUCUAGGACACCUUCUCCUUGUGGCCAAGAAGACAGCAAAGACUGAGGGGCUGGGAGAUGGAUACCGACUUGUGAUCAAUGAUGGGAAGCUGGGAGCACAAUCUGUGUAUCACCUGCACAUUCACGUACUUGGGGGCCGACAGCUCCAGUGGCCUCCAGGUUGAACCUACCAACUGACCAAGGACCCUGUGCCUGGAUGAUUGGAUGGGGGAGAAGGAAAGGGACCCUGUGAUCUAAUAAACUUGCUCUCCCUCAA